GAGUGCUGGGAUGUUGGAGCUUGCGGGGGGCACGUGAACGCAGCACGAGCCAGCCCCCUCUGAGCAGCAGUCAGCUGGGUGUUUACUUGCUUUGUCAGCGGUGUCCCCGCGGCAGAUAUCUCGUGAAUCUCACCUGCUGCUGAUCAAAGCCGUGGACUUUUAUCUCCAGUGUGACUUAUCGCAUCAUCGGGGCUCAUUAUCAGCAGUUUCCUCUGCCUGCCUCUUUCGGACCUUGAACCGGGGGUUCAUAGUUUAGUUUUUUUUUUCUUCAAGCUAACGAUGACGUUAAAAUCCAAUAAAAACGAACCUGCCGUCAUACUGGAGCCUGUGAACAGCGUGAGGACAGCCCUCUCCGAUCUGUACCUGGAGCAGCUCCUGCAACACAAACCCCAGUCCGACAAGGCAGCGAUGCAAACCUACGAGAAUAAAGGAGCUGACGUUUACAGCAACGCCAGCUCCGGACACAUGAACGGCACCGAGCUGACCCGGAUGAAGGAAGUGGCGUUUGAGAAGGGCCCCUCGGAGCCAAUGGGGGUCACUCUGAAGCUCAACGACAAACAGAGGUGCACUGUGGCCAGAAUAUUGCACGGAGGCAUGAUCCACAGACAAGGGUCCUUACACGAAGGCGAUGAAAUAGCAGAGAUAAACGGCAAAAGUGUGAAAAACCAUUCUGUAGACCAGCUACAGAAGAUGAUCAAAGAAAGCAACGGGCUCAUCACCAUGAAGAUCAUCCCCAACCCGCAGAGUCGAUCCAAAACCUGCGAGAUGUACAUGAGAGCCCAGUUUGACUAUGACCCCACCAAGGACGACCUCAUUCCCUGCAAAGAGGCGGGGCUGAAGUUUCAAACUGGCGACAUCAUUAAGAUUAUCAACAAGCAAGAUCCGAACUGGUGGCAGGGCCGCGUGGAGAGCAGCGCCACUGACUUUGCGGGGCUUAUUCCCUCCCCAGAGCUCCAGGAGUGGAGGGUGGCGAGUAAAAGCAAGGCCAGGGAGGGCGGUCAGUCCUGCAGUCCGUUUGGGAAGAAGAAGAAGUGUAAAGACAAGUACCUGGCCAAACACAGCUCUAUUUUUGACCAGCUGGAUGUCAUUUCUUAUGAGGAGGUGGUUCGGCUCCCGGCUUUUAAAAGGAAAACACUGGUGCUUAUUGGUGCACAUGGUGUCGGCAGGAGCCACAUAAAAAAUGCAUUACUGACCAAAUACCCAGAGAAGUUUUCCUACCCAGCACCACACACCACCAGACCCCAACGCAAGGACGAGGAGAACGGACAGGAGUAUUAUUUCAUCUCCCAUGAAGACAUGACCAAGUGCAUCUCUGGGAACGCGCUGCUGGAGUACGGCAGCUUCCAGGGAUUUAUGUUUGGCACCAAGUUUGAAACCAUCCAAAAGAUCCACGAUCAGGGGAAAAUCGCGGUGCUGGACGUGGAACCACAGACGCUGAAAGUGUUGCGAACCGCUGACUUUGCGCCUCUCGUGGUGUUCAUCGCUCCGACCACCGCCGCUCCUCAGACGGAAAACCUGCAGAUGAUCCAGAAGGAGUCCGAGGCCAUUCAGAGCACGUACGGACACUUCUUUGACGUGGUCCUGGUCAACAAUGACGUGGACGAAAGCGUGAAGGGCGUGGAGGAGGCCAUGGAGAACGCCGUCUCCACCCCACAGUGGGUGCCCGUGUCCUGGGUGUAUUGACAGUGGUAGAAGUCCUUCUGUUGAACCAAGCAGUGCAAUAUCACUCCUUACACAAAACCUCUCAGUUAUAUAUGUCCCAGAUGGUAUAAGUGAAAUUAUUUGCACAAAUGCAUAAAAAAUAAGCAAUAUAUAGAAAAAGGCUAUUUUUGAAAAGUGGGAAUGUUUCAUUUGACUCUUCAGUUUUAGGCUCCUGAGAGGCUACGGGACAGUUUUGUGAUUGUUGGAACACGAGCAAAAGCGAAAUAGGACCACAACUGUGAAUACCCCCCCCCCCCCCCUCCCCCUCAAAAAAAAACCACACACAUGCCCCUAUGAAUGACAGGACUUCACCACAUGUUGACACUGAUUGUGGCUUCACCGUUUUGUUCUUUCUUGUCAAAAUGUGCCAUGAAAGUGAGAUUGUGACCUUGAUGUCUGUUCAUUCGGUGUUUGUACAUUUCAGUCUAUCCGUGACGGCCUCAAAUGUCUCAUCCUAUCAGAAUUGUAUACCUCGUGGGGUACCGCAAAGGCACUUUCAAACUCAAAAUAAAUGUCCCUAGUCUGUU